GUAGUACUUAGUCCAGCUAGCAGCAGUAUCUAUCUAGUUCCUUUAGUUAUACUACUUGCUAGUAGUUUAAACGCAUCCAAUCGCUCUCCUCCACUGGUUCUCAUUCACGUCCCGGAAGCAAGAAUCUGCUGCUCGAAUAAAAUAAAUCAGACUAAAAUAAAUAAACAGCCGGAAUUCCUGUCUUGUUUUUGCUGCCCCUUCCCGUUUUGUCCUCUUAUCGCCGGCUUUCUUCUUUCUUCCCUCCGUCGCUUCCUCUUCUUCGCUUCUCUUCUCUUCUCCUCUUCCUCUUCCAUUCUUCUGCUGCCUCUUCUUCUUCUUCUUUCUCCUCCUGGUCUCUCUUCUUUCCUUCUCCUCUCCCAUUCCAUCCAUCCAUUGAUUGUCUGCCUCUUUUAUCUCAUUGCCAGACUAUCCAAUCCCAGAUAAACAUCUCAUACCUCACCAACAAUCUAUCUUACUUCCUGCAUUUCCUGCUUAGCUCUACCAGCAGUAGCUCUUUCGCCAUGCUUCCUCUCGUCUUGAUGUCUCUGGCUGUCGCGGCCACCGCGUCCAGCAACUACACUCUUCCCAGCGACUUCAACAUCAGCGCCAUCAGCUUGUCGGAGCGAAACUCCUGGUGCACUGCUGAGCGCAACUCUUGCCCUGAAAUCUGCGGAGGUGUUGCUACGAGCAACUCGUGUGAUCCGAGCACCCUGGACUUCUCUUGCGUCUGCUCCAAUGGCUCCACUGCCGAUGUCGCGGAGUACACUCAGACCAUCCCCUUCUUUGUCUGCGAGGCCACCUACGCUCAGUGCAUUGAGGACUCGCCCUCUCUCGAUGAGCAGGAACAGUGCCAGGAGACGCGCGACAAGGACUGUGGCACGCUGAAUGCGUCGGCCUCAAGCACUACUUCUUCGACCACCACGACGGCCGCCUCUCUGACCACGUCCACGGGCUCGUCCAGCAGCACCGGUUCGGGUAGCAGUGGAUCGAGCGCCUCUACCACCAGCAGCAGCAGCUCGUCUUCUACCACUGCCAACGCGGCGAUGCGUCUGGCUCAGGAGCACGCCACGGGCCUGUUGGCGACCGUGCUGUUCGUUGGUUUGCGCCUGAUUCUGUAAAUGAUCAGUCUUGGGUGAAAGAGAGAUGGGGAGUACUGUUAUUGCUGGAUGUAAUAAUCACAUUGGGGUCGCAAUUGG